AUGCGGCCCCAUCGACGUCUGCGUGAGUCCCUCACGCCCCAGCAGCUGCGUGAGUGGUACGCUGGUUGGGGCUGUAGGGGUGGUGGCGCUACUACUGCUACCACUCCUGCUGCUUCUACUACUGGUGGCGGCCAGAUGCAGCUCCCGCGACCCCCCCGCGCGUCUCUCACGCCUCAGCAGCUUCGUGAGUGGUACGCUCAGAGUGGAGGGUCUCUCAGUUCUGUUUGCUGCUCUUACGUGAUUCUCACUGGUGCUCGGACUGGUCAGCCCUGUGGGACACCUAGUCAUACACAGUCCCGCUGCUUCGCCCGUCUGAGCGACGCCUGGCGUACCGUGUUUGGCGACGAGGCUGAGCUCCCCGACUGGGUGGAGUUGCUUAGGCAGAGGGUAGAUAUAUUUGCUCUUGACUAUGAUGCUAUUCUCACUGCCAUGUAUGCAUUGCCUACUAGUGCUGACCGUGCCGGUCACCUGUGCGUACCGCCUGACCCGGGUAUAGGACCUGCUGCUCUAGCUACUAGUGAGGCUGCUGCUGCUCUGGGGGCUAGUGAGUCUCCUGCUCCAGGUACUGGUGCGGCUGCUGCUCUAGGUGCUAGUGAGUCUGCUUCCUCAGGUGCGGGUGAGGCUGCGCUCUCAGGUACCACGUUGGCUUCGGCCUCCCUCACCUUUACACUUGGCUCUGGGGCUUCUCGCUCCUUCUUUCGGGACCGCACCACACUCACGCCGCUUGGUCGGCCUGUUGCAGUCUCCCUGGCUGACCCCUCUGGGGGUCCUGUCCUCGCUCACUUUUCCACUGUCCUCCCGUGUCCGGCUGCCCCCUCGGGCACCCUGUCUGGCCUGUACCUCCCCUCGUUCUCGACGAACUUGGUGAGUGGUGCAGACCUGCAGGAUGCGGGGGUUCACCAGUUCACUCCUGCGAGUCAGCGGGUGACCCACUGCACGGACGCACGCACAGGCCGGCACCUGGCCACGUUCUCGCGUCGGCCGGGGUUGAGCCUCUACACCCUGACCACUGAGUCUCCUCCUGUCCCUGCGUCCGGUCAGGUAGCAGCGUCAGGUCAGGUGUUUGCUGCUGCGUCCAGGUCUGGUCCUGAGUCUGCCCCCUGCUCGUGUCGCCUCUUGUCUCACGAGACUCUCCUGUGGCACCACCGUCUUGGCCACCCCACCUUGCCCCGUCUUCGGGGCAUGGCUUCCCGUGUCCUUGUCUCUGGUCUUCCCCAAUCUCUCCCUCCCCUUCCUUCGGGACCAGGACCUUCCUGUGUCCCCUGUGUCGAGGGGCGCCUCAGGGCUGCACCUCACUCCUCCCAGUUUCCCUCGACAGAGGCUCCUCUGCAGACGCUUCACAUGGACGUGUGGGGCCCGGCCCCCGUCCGUGGGCAGGGUCACGAGCGCUACUUCCUGUUGGUGGUUGACGACUACUCGCGUUACACCUCAGUCUUCCCCUUGCGCAGCAAGGGUGCUGUCACUGAGGUGCUGAUCGACUGGAUCCGCGAGGCUCGUCUCCAGCUCAGGAGGAGCUUCGGCUCGGACUUUCCUGUUCUGCGUCUGCACUCUGACCGAGGUGGGGAGUUCUCCUCUCGCCUUAUGCGAGACUACUGUCGUGCACAGGGGAUCCGCCAGACCUUUACGCUUCCGGACUCUCCACAGCAAAAUGGGAUUGCUGAGCGCCGCAUUGGCAUGGUCAUGAAUGUCGCUCGUACGUCCAUGAUGCAUGCGGCUGCCCCCCAUUUUCUGUGGCCGUUUGCGGUUCGGUACGCGGCGCAUCAGCUCAACCUUCACCCCAGGGUCUCUCGGCCCGAUAUGUCCCCACGGUUACUGUGGACGGGGAAGGUCGGCGAUGCGUCUGCGUUCCGUUUCUACCACCCCUCCUCUCGUCGUGUUCUGUCCUCCCAGGACGUCACGUUUGACGAGUCAGUCCCCUUCUACCGCCUCUUCCCCUACCGUACUCCUUCCCUCCCCCCCCCACCGGACUUCCUGGUGCCAGUUCCCCCCCCGGUAGACCCCCUCCCCCCUCAGGUUCCUGCCCCUUCAGGUGUGUCCCAGGUAGACACAGUCGAGCCAAUCGAGGUUGCUGCUGAGUCUGGUCCUGCUGCGGGUGCAGAGUCUGGGGGUGCUACGCCUGCGGGUGCUGAGCUUGGGGGUGCUGCUGCUGGGGGUGCUGAGCCUGGGGGUGCGAGGCCGGGGGGUGCUGAGCUUGGGGGUGCUGCUGCUGGGGGUGCUGAGCCGGGAGGUGCUACGUCAGGAGCUGCUGAGCCUGGGGGUGCUGAGCCUGGAGGUGCGGAGCCUGCGACUGCUGGACCUGGGGGCUCUCCGGUUGCUCCGUCUCGGCGGGAGCCGCUCUCUCCACAGGAGCUGCGCGAGUGGUUUGCUCGCCGCUGGAGGCGUGCUGCUGGAGCUGGAGCUCCUUCGACUGCUGAGCGUGCUGGUGCUGCCGGUCCCGGAGCUGCUGGGCCUGCGGGUCCUACUGGAGCUGGAGCUGCUGAGCCUGGGGGUGCUGAGUCUGGAGCUGCUGAGCCUGGGGGUGCUGAGUCUGGGGCUGCUGAGCCUGGGGGUGCUACGUCUGGAGCCGCUGAGCCUGGGGUUUCUCCUGGUGCUGCGUCUCGGCGGGAGCCCCUCUCUCCACAGGAGCUGCGCGAGUGGUUUGCUCGCCGCUGGAGGCGUACUGCUGGAGCUGGAGCUUCUUCGACCGUCGAGGGUACUGGUGCCGCCGGUCCCGGAGGUGCUACGCCUGCGGGUCCUACUGGAGCUGGGGCUGCUGAGGGCGUUGGUGCUGAGUCUGCUGCUGUCUGUCCUGACGGUGGUUCUGCUGCUGGUGCUGCUGGAGGUCCUGCCGCUGGAGGUUUUGGUGGCGCUGGUGCUGCCGCUGAGGGUGCUGGUGCUGUCCCUGCUGAGUCUGGAGCUGCCGCGCGGCCUCGACCGUACUUCGUUCCGCUUCUGCAGCAGCGUCGUGAGCGUGCGUCUCGUCCCGCGUCGCCUGUUCGUGCUGCCCGCGCUAGAGGUCGUGGUUCGCGUCCGCGUCCUCCUCCUGUCCCUGGCACGCACCGGAUGUCUCUGCGUCCGUCCACUGCUCCUCUGCGUGCCCUUUUGCCUUCUUCUCCUGAGUCCUCCCUUCCUGUGCUUACCGACCCAGAGUCGGACUCCCUUCGUGCUGCCAGUCCUACCGUCACGCGUCUCCUUGCUACUGUCGUCACUGACCCCUCUUUUGAGUCCGCUGCAGCGUCUGCUCUUGUCGCUGAGCUCGUCGACUUUGCUGCUCGCUGUCGUCUAGACUACGCUGCUAGUCUUGUUGCUGAGUCUGCGUCUGUCUGUCCUCCGUCCGUCGGGGGUGAGUGUGCUCUUGGCACGGACGUCCUAGAGGACAGGCAGGAGGAGUUCCAGUGUCUGGCUGCUGCUUCACCUCAUCUCGCGUCUGUACUGCUUGCUCCUGAGGGAGACCCGGAUGCACUAGACAUCCCGACUCCGCGCUCUUACGCGGAGGCCGUAGAGGGUCCCUACUCCUCUCAGUGGCAGGCAGCUAUGGAUGCAGAGAUGGCUUCCUGGAAGUCCACAGGCACCUACGUUGACGCGGUUCCCCCUCCUGGGGCGAACAUCGUCAGUGGCAUGUGGAUCUUCAGGGUGAAGCGGCCGCCGGGCUCUCCACCUAUCUUCAAGGCGCGGUACGUCGCUCGUGGCUUCAGUCAGCGACAGGGAGUUGACUACUUUCAGACCUUCUCUCCCACCCCGAAGAUGACCACUCUUCGGGUGCUGCUGCACAUAGCCGCUCAGCGCGACUACGAGCUUCACUCUCUCGACUUCAGUACUGCGUUCUUGCAGGGGAGCCUCCACGAGGAGAUCUGGCUGCGCCGUCCACCUUGCUUCACUGGGACUUUCCCUCCUGGCACCCAGUGGAGCCUCCGACGGCCAGUCUACGGUCUCCGCCAGGCACCACGUGAGUGGCACGACACACUGAGGACUACACUUGCGGCCCUUGGGUUUGCUCCUUCUACUGCUGACCCGUCGCUGUUUCUGCGCACCGACACUUCACUGCCGCCGUUCUACAUCCUCGUGUACGUCGACGACUUGGUCUUUGCCACAGCGGACACUGCUGGACUCGCCUACGUGAAGUCCGAGCUGCUGAAGAGACACACGUGCACAGACCUGGGUGAACUGCGCAGCUACCUUGGCUUGCAGAUCACUCGGGACAGAGCACGCCGCACCAUUACCUUGACUCAGUCACACAUGGUGCAGCAGGUCCUUCAGCGCUUCGGCUUCACGUACUCCUCGCCUCAGGCCACUCCUCUGUCUACUCGCCACUCGCUCUCAGCUCUGCCUUCGGAUGAGUCCGUAGAGUCGAGUGGCCCGUACCCAGAGCUUGUUGGCUGCCUCAUGUACCUGAUGACCUGCACACGACCUGACCUUGCAUACCCUCUUAGCAUUCUUGCACGCUAUGUUGCUCCUGGGAGACACCAACCAGAGCACAUGGCUGCAGCGAAGAGGGUAUUGCGCUACCUGUGCAGUACGUCGGGCAUGGGGCUAGUGCUUGGAGGGCGGAGUCCAGUGGUACUUACAGGUCACGCGGACGCUUCUUGGGCUGACGACCAGGCUACGCAGCGGUCGUCACAGGGUUACACCUUCAGCCUUGGCUCCGGCUCUGUCUCGUGGCGGGCUACUCGCUCGUCUUCGGUUCUCAGCUCGAGUUGUGAGGCUGAGAUCUACGCAGGGGCCAUGGCUGCACAGGAGCUUCGCUGGCUCACCUACCUGCUGACUGACCUUGGAGAGCCGCCUCGUUCUCCUCCAGUGCUGUACGUAGACAACAAGGCCAUGCUGGUCAUGUGUCGAGAGCAGCGUCUGGAGCACAGAACGAAGCACAUUGCUCUUCGCUACUUCCUUGCUCGUGAGCUACAGCAGCGUGGACAGUUGCGGCUUGCGUACGUGGCCUCUGAGGCCAACACUGCUGAUGUGUUCACCAAGGCACUCGCGCCUUGUGACCAUCAGCGCUUCUGCACCCAGCUGGGUCUUGUGCCUGUCUUGCCUCACUUGCUCUCCUCUUGA